AUGGAUAAUCCAUUUCUCUUUAAUAUUCCCUUCGCAAAGGAAAUUUUUGUCGUGACUCCCUUCCUUUAUUUUGUCGCACUGGUAUUUUAUCGACUCUACCUUCAUCCUCUGUCCAAAUAUCCUGGUCCCAAACUGGCAGCUGUUUCCUGUCUAUACAGAGCUUAUCACCAGACCUGGCGAGAUGGGCGUUUGGUAGAACAAUUAACUUACCUCCAUGAAGUCUAUGGCCCGGUUGUCCGAAUCACACCAAACACUCUGCACUUUCGCAACCCCCAAGCAUUCCAUGAUAUCUUCUCGGCACAGAACAAGACAGUCAAAGAUCAAGAGUUCUACCAUCAUCUCGGGCUGCCCGACUCCUCGUUUAGACUUGAAGGAGAAGAGCAUGCCGCGCGAUUGAAGCUCAUGUCCCCUCUCCUCGGUCGCAAUCAUAUGGACGAUAUUCAAACUAUUGUCCGUCGCAAUGUACAACGAUUCUGUGACCUGCUGCAACGUAGCGUGGAAAAUCAUCAGCCCAUUGAGCUAGCAUUGGGAUACCGUGGCCUGGCAUUGGAUAUAAUCAAUGAGUUUAUAUUUGCCGUCAUUCCUGACAGACUCCGCGGACUCGAAAACGAGAAGUUCCGUAAUCCGCUCGCAAUGUCAACAUAUUACAGCUUCGAUUGGACUAUGUGGCUCAUGAGAAACUUCCCAGUGACCUGUCAUUUCCAUGACUUCGCGAGGUAUCUUCCCUCCAGUCUCAAAUUCAGUUACGACCAACGGAAUGUGAUGACAGAGUUAAUGACUAAUAUUCUGCACUAUAAUCUUUCGUCCUCUGAGAUGAAUGAUAGAGCCACUCUUAUUGGCAACAUGACGAAGCCAGGCAGUGAAAGAAAUGGCAAACCGCUCCCAGAAUCAGCUCUUCUGGAUGAAGCAAUCGGAGUGAUGCAUGGUGGAGUUCUUGAUAUCUCCAACGUCCUGCCUUAUGGGACUUUCCACUUAGCCCAAGAUCCCAAAGCACAGCAUAAGCUGUAUGAAGAGCUCAAAAGUGUCUGGAAGAACCCAUCGGAUCAAAUUCCAGACCAUGAAAUUCUCCGAAACCUUCCCUAUUUGAAAGGCUUAGUUAAGGAAACCCUUCGCUUUACACACGGCGUCAUUUCCGGCAUGCCUCGUGUGGUCACAGCGAACGGUGCUCAGAUUGAUGGAAAUUAUGUCCCACCUGGGACCAUUGUUGCCACCACUUCCGUCUAUGUUCACAUGGACCCGACCGUCUUUUCAAACCCUAAACAAUUCUCUCCUGAGCGAUGGGCGACGGGCGAUUCCCAGCUUGAGAGGUCUCUCGUUCCUUUUUCCAAAGGACGGAGAAUGUGUCCUGCCCAAAAUAUAUCAUACAUGGAAAUAACUGCCGCGUUUGCUGCUGUGUUUCGCAGGUUUGAGGUUUCUCUGUACGAAACAACCGAGGAAGACAUGAAGUACAAGGCGUAUGCUUCUAUACACUACACUGGACGACCCCUGCGAGCAACGCUCAAGCCUAGGCUUGAUUGA